AUGAAAAGCUUUGAAUAAUAAGAAUAUGUUUCUUCUUUUAAAAAUAAUUGUGAAAGUAGAAACAAUAUAAUAGAAUAAAAUAAUAUAUAAGAAUAAGAAGUCGAAAAUAUUAAUCAUUUAGAAAUAUUAGCGAAAUCAAGUUUAUAGAUAAGUUUGUCAUAUUUAAUUGAAAAUUCAUUGUAUUAGAUAAUAUUUAUUUUUGUCUCAUGGAAUACUUAAAAUGCAAAUGUAACUACAGGAUUAGGUUUAGCGUUUAUUUAUAUUAAUUUUGCUUCAUAAGGUGUUUUAUAUGGUAUAUCUGUAGCAUACGAAGUAAUUGCUUCUCAUGCUUAUGGAGCAGAAAAAUAUAAUAUACUUGGUACAUCUUUGAUUAAGACUAUUUUUAUUUAGAUAUUAUAUUAUAUUCUUAACAUUAUUUUAAUAAUUUACUCAAAUUAAGUUUUAUCGUUAUUUAUACAUAAUAGAGAAACUUUAAUUUAUUUUAGUUAAUAUUGCAUUUGGUCAUUACCUGGAUAGCUUUUUAUUGGAAUUUAUUAUACUUUAAAAGUAUUUAUAAAAAUAUAAAAUAAAAUAAAAAUAAAAAUUAAAUAUUUCUUUUUUAUAAGUAUUAUAUAUUGCAUAAUUUUCAUAUAUUAUUUAAAUCUUGGUAUUAUAGGCGGAGGUAUAGUUUAUUCUAUUAGUAGAUUAUAAAAUUUAUUAUGUAUAUCUAUAAUAAUAUAUAAUAGUGAUUAUUUAAAAUGUGUAAUAAGAUUUUCAUCAUCAGCUUUAAAGCAUACAUGUAUUUUUUUUAAUAAAUGUUUUCUAUAGCAUUGCUUACGUAUACUGAUAUAAUUAUUUAUGAAUUAUAUUCAUUGA